ACUGUUUCUUCCGGAAGGUGCAAGAAAAUAUAAACAACAUUGAACAUAUGGAAAGAUUAUUUUGACUGAAAGUAAGCUAGAUAUCUGCGAUUUAAUAAAAUGAUUUAAUUAGUUGUCUUUAAAAAUGGCUGAACACGAUAAUGUGGAAAAUAUACCCAUUGAUAUUCACUACAAUAAACUUUUAGACUGGUUAAUUAACAGAAGACAUUGUAAUUCACAAUGGCAAGGGAAAAGUUUACAAGUACGAGAAAAGAUUGAUGCAGCAUUAGUAGAUGUACCAGAUGUAAAGGAAGUGACAGCUUUAACAGAAGGAACAUACCUUAAUUAUUUUCAUUGUUUGAAGAUAGUUGAAUUGUUACAAGCAACAGACUCUGGUAAAAAAAAUGUUUUCGGUCAAUAUUCAUCACAAAAAAUGCAAGAUUGGGCCAACAUUGUAAAAUUAUAUGAGAAAGAUGGAAUGUUUCUUGCUGAAUCGGCUCAGAUGUUAUCUAGAAACGUAAAUUAUGAAAUACCAGCUUUAAAGAAACAGUUAGCAAAAUGUCAUCAAACUCAAGAAGAAUGUACAAGAAAAGAGAGAGAUUAUGCUAACAAUGCUAUCAAUCAAAGAAAGAAUUAUGAAUCAGCUUGUAAAAAGAUGGGAAUAGUGGGAAAGAAAAUAAAAACAGAGUUAGCUUCCUUGGUUCAUGAUUUACCUACAGAGUUUGAUAAAAUAGCUAAAUGUAGUAAACAGCUUGAACCAACAGUUUUGUACUAUGAUCAGUUUAUAACUCAUAUAAUGGGUCGAGAUUUAAGCAGUGAAUCUUUAAAAGCAUUAAAACAUGUUCAAUCAAGAGGUAAUACUACAACCUUUGAAUGGAAGACUGGUAAAAUACCUGAUAAAGUGGAAGCUUCAUCUAUAUUAAUAGAUACAACAGAUGAAGAUGAUUUAGUAGAAAAUCCUGAUGAUAUUGAUUGGAUUGGUGAACAAGAAACAAUAGACUUUGGGGCAGAGAUAGAUUUUGGUGAUAUAGCUGAUAUUACAGUAGAGAGUGGGGGAGAUGAAAUGGGCAAUGGGGAAAUUAAUUGGGAAGAUGAUACCACUAAACACUCUGUUCAAGUUACAGAAUCUUCUGAAGAUGGUGUAGCUAAAGGUGAACUUGCUUUAAGUAUGUUAGAAAAUCCUGAUACCCGAAACAUGUUUUUAGACGAUCUGUUUGAGCUUGAAGCUUUUCUAAAUCAGAGACUGGUAGAAUUAAAGGGUGAUAACUCUGUAUUAUCUGACAGUCAGUUUCAAUCAGCACCUGAAUCUAUACAACUGGAUGCAUCACAGGUCACUAACCUUCUAGAAAAAGUACAAGAAAUAACGCAGAUGUUAACUAAUAUGAGAAUGCAACAAUUAUUACUAAUUAGAAAUUCCCCACGAUUUGUAAAUCGUGUUAAUGAUAAUCUAAAACAGAUAUUAACAUUAGCUGACAAGAUGAACUUUCUCGAGAGACAGGCUGUAAUAAGAAGAAAAGAAGCUUUAGAAGAACAGAAAGAAGUAGAACCUAAAUUAGAUAUAAUUAUCAAAAAAACAAAAGAGCUACAAAAACAGUUACAGUCAGAAAUAUCAAAGAAAUAUAAAGGCAGACCAAUUAAUAUAAUGGGAGAAAUCAAUACCAUUUAAUAUUUUUGAAAUUAUAUUUUUUGUUAUUUUACAGUAUAAAUAAACAGGGUGGGAGAUUUAUUGUUAUAUUAUGUAUUUAUUUGUAUGUAUAUAAGUAAAUAGAGACUUAAAUAUA